UAUCGUUAUUGUGACGGUCACGCUGCGUGCUGAGAAACUGUUGACUAAAUGGCGUACAUAUGACUGUUUUUUGCAUUUAACUGACUUCUCGAAGUGCACGUGAAUAUGUGAGGCCCGGCAACUCAGCUGGGACAAGUAAAGCACACUCGCGAGUUUUCCAAUUGAUCUCCGGGCCAGGUGCACUAAGGAUUCACAUGUAAAAGACAGUCGAGUCGAGAAAAAAACAAUUGAAAGUGACUCCCAUUUGCUGCCGAUGAGUGCCUCUUUCAUACUUCCAACUAACGAAAUUAUGCUGCGCGGACGUUGAAUUUGUUGUGCGAGCGAUUGUCAGGUGCCUGCGAAUAGGCUCAUUUGUUUAUUUGGUUAUCUCCGUCUCUCUCCGACACCGCCGUCUUCCAAUUGCAUCCGCUGCUGACGUUGCUAAAAUGGUCUCCCUGAUAAAGAACCAAUUGCUCAAGCAUUUGUCCAUCUACACAAAGAACCUCUCCUCGGACAAAAUCAACCUGAGCACCUUUCGCGGCGAGGGAGAGCUCUCGAACCUGGAGCUGGACGAGCGUGUGCUCACCGAGCUGCUGGAGCUUCCCAGCUGGCUGCGCCUGACAUCGGCCUGGUGCAACCAUGUCUCCUUCCGUAUUAGCUGGACCAAGCUGAAGAGUGUGCCCAUCACACUGACGCUGGAUGAGGUGCGCAUCACCAUCGAAACCUGCAAUCCUAUGACACGCGAUGCAGGAGGCGGAGGAUCAGGAUCUCCUGCUGCCGCUGCCGCUGCCCUGCCACAAGUGCCCCAGGGGAAGUACAGCUUCAUCCACAAGGUAGUCGACGGCAUCACCAUCGUAGUCAACACUGUGAACGUGAACUUUGUGAGUGCCGCAUUCAACGCCUCGGUGCAGAUGUCGCGCAUUCGAGUCGAGUCAAAGACUCCCAAGUGGGCCAAUGCUGACCUCCGUAUGACACGCCUCAAGGACGCCCAGAAGGGUAUAAUACUGAUCUUCAAGGAGCUCUCCUGGCAGACCGUGCGCAUCGAGGCCAGCUCUACUCAGGACAAAUCGCUGACCCCCCUGCGUCUGCUCACGAACCAUGCCCGUUGCCGGAUAACCAUUCGGAAGCGUUUGGCGGACUGUUCGCUGCUCGCUUCCCGCCUGGUCCUCAUCCUGGACGAUCUUCUCUGGGUGCUAACCGACUCGCAGCUGAAGGCGGCUCUGCAUUUUGUGGAUUCCCUGUCGGGCCUUAUCAAGGCGGCCACCCAUGCCACGCAAAAGACAAAGGCGGCUCGCAAAAUGCAGACCCUGCCCGAGUACAAGGCCCAGGUGGAGCAGCAGCAGAACCGUUUGUCCGAAUCGGCCCACACAACGACGGCCCAGCGCAUGUUCAAUGCCUUCGAUGUGCGCGAGACCUCGUACCACUUUUUCAGCCAGCGCAUCGAUCUGCAUCUCUGCGACGACGAGGGGGACGGGCGUUCUAGCUAUCCGGAUCUGGACAAGGGGGGCGCCCUGCAGGUCUCGGUGACGGCCUUCCAAGUCGACUACUAUCCGUACCAUCUGGCCAAAUCGGAUCGCUCGCACUGGGCCAAGUACAAGGAGGCCUCGGUGGCACCAGCGCUGUGGCUGAAGGAGUCCCUGAAUGCCUUCCGUGAGGCAGUGCUCAAUUUGAGCCAGCCCAAUCGGCCGGCCACACAUGCCCCGCUCGAGCGUAGCACCCCGGCCUCACCCAUUAUGCUGAACGCAAGCAUGCUGAGCUCCCAGCUGGGCGGCAGCGUCUCCAAUGGCAGCAGCACCCCCACAGUGGCAGCAGCUGGUUCUGGUGGAUCCGGCUCCGGCUCUGCCUCCGCCAGCAGCCAAAUGUCACAGGCAGCGCAGCAGCGCCAUACCCUGGAAAACCUGGCCAAGCUGAUGAGUUCGUGCGUUAUCCUGAGGAUCGAGGACUUUACCCUGUAUCGCGUGACUACGUCGGGCAAGAAAGCCAUGCCAAAGGAAUUCGUCUCAGCACAACAUAAAAGGAAGAGCAAAUCGUCAGGCGACAAGGAUAGGUAUUCGUUUCCCGCCGAGAUGCCCAUCAUCCAUGCCGAGUAUACGUACUUCUACUACCCCGGAGACUUUGUCUUUCCACUGCCGCCAUCGAAGAUAUUUGUGCAUGUGAAUCCGAUUCAGAUGCACUUCGAUCUCGGCUCCAUUCUCUGGCUCAACUCCUUUGGCCUGAACCUGCACGAGAGUCUUCUUCGCACGAGUGUUGGCUCCCAGAACACACUGCAGCAGCAGUCGCAACAGCAGCAACAAAGUGCACGCGGCUCGAUUGCCUCCAAUGGCUCCUAUGGCACACAGAUGGCCGCACUGAAUGUAGAGCAGGAGCCGAAUCUGAUGUACAUGGAUGUCAAGGUGGAGGCGAUUAUGCCGCGUGUCGUCAUGGAGGCGGCCCUGGAUGCGCCCAACCAAAAGGACCGGCCCAAGACGAUGCAGAUCCAAGUGUCGCGCUUUGCCCUAACCAACAUCCGUGAAAUGGGAAGCUCCCGGGCGGACUUGGCCCAAGCUCUGCACUCCCUGCAGGAGGGCUCGCUGGUCUUCGGUUCGGGCUUCCCGUCGGUCGAGGGUGACAUGUGCAUUGUCACGGAUCGCAUACUGUCCCAUGUGGCGGCCUCAGAUGUCAGCAUGAUGUCGCCCAUGUCGCCGGCGGGUGCGGCGGCCGGGGGCGGUGCUCAGCAGCUGCCGCGCUCCGCUUCCACUCAGUACCUGUCCCGCUAUGUCAUGUGGCUGGAGCCCAGGGACGUGUGGUGCAUCAAGCUGGAUCCGGUGUGGGUGGAUUUCCUGGGUUCUCGCUCGCUGGGACCCAACAAAUCUAUUCCCUUUGUUGAUGCUGUGCCCAUCACGCUCUGGUUGCAUGCGGGCUCCGCCCAGGCACAACUGGAUUUGGGAAAAAGCGCCACAGCCAGCAUGGAGAGCAUGGGACUGGCACCACUGCCAACGCUUCAGCCCUGCAACCCCUUCCUGAGCGACGAGGAUGUGCGUGUCGAGGCCAGCCCUCCUGCUGCUGCUGCUGCUGCUCCCGAUCGCACUGCGGAUAUGCAUGCCAUAGCGCACAUCUCGAAUCUGGUCAGCCUGCAGAUCGAUCACUACCAGCUGCUCUUUCUGCUGCGACUCGCCGAGGAGCUCAAUGAGAUGUCCACCUUCCUCAAUCUGGAUGCCGAGCGCAUCCUGCAAAAGCAAAAUGAACAAAACUCGAUUAUUUUUGGCUGCGUUGUGCCGCAAAUCGAGGUGACGCUCGUGAUGCCAUCGCCAACACCUGGUAAGGAAUCAAGUGGUGGUGAUGCUGAAAGUGUCGUACCCGAUUCAGCUAGUUUGGGUGACGAUUUACACAUGAAUAGCGGAAAUAUCACCUGGCCCACACCACCGCCGUUGGAUCAGCUGAAGAGCAAUGCAUUUGGCAGCGUUGAGUCGCCAUCGCCUGUCACCAACGAUCCGCCCCUUUUUGACAGCUGCAUUCAUACAUCUAAUCCCAAUACGCAUGGAUACAAUGUUCAGAUACAGAGCACCCCCACACUGGCCUCUUCCACACCCAGUCAGGGAUCUCGUCCCGAUACGGGCAUCUCCACGCAAUCGCAAUCCGUUUCGUCCGCAUCCGCGUCGAAGAGCGGCAAGAGUACCGCAGGCCGCUCUGCUGGUGGAGGCACAGACACCGUCCCCAGUUUGACGAAGGAGAUCAACUCGGGCCUGCUGUCCAUGAAGAAGGGCUUCUCCAGUUUUAUGACUUCCAUUGACUCGGCCAUCAAGUCGGGCACACCCAACGAUGAUGCCAGUGAUACCUUCUCCACGCAGAGCGACUUAAGCUCUGAUUCGGAGAACUUUGCCAGUGUCAUGGGCGACGACAAGACCAUGGACUGCAUGGACGUCAUGUUUCGCCUAAAUCCCUUCACCACCGACAACAAUAUGAAGGCCUCUCCGGUGGAGGUGGCCAGUGAGGUGUACGAGGAACCGAGCAGCUACAAGACCAAUAUGUCAUCGCCUUCGGAGCCAUCGGAGGGCAGUACCUGGCGGCGCCGCGAUCUUGUCUCCAUGGCCACAUUUAGAUUGACCACAGUGGAGCUGAUACGGCAGCAGGAAGGACCAAAAUCGUCGGUUCGUUUGCAGGUUGCUGCCGUUUCCUGCGACGAGUGCGGUGCCAUACCUUGGGAUGAGCUGCAGAUCGCGCAUCAAGCAAACAAGACCAAAUUUGGAGCGCGUUGUAAGGCCUGGAAUCUGGCCCCAUACAACCCAGAGGCUCCGCCCUGCAUACGUCUACGCCUGGAGGAGACCCUUAACAUGCCCAACCAAAUCGAAGGCAUCAUUGAUCGUAAACGUAUCCAGAGCUGGAUCACUCAUCAUGCCGAGAUUCGUGUGAAAGACAUACAUUUGGAUCUGUCGAUGAGCACCGUAAUUGGAUUGGGCGAUCUGGCUGAGGAUGAGGUCAUCUGCCCGCCCAUGCCCGUCACGAUAAAUCUCGAAAAUGUUCGCAUCAACUUGCUUGAGGACCGUCCACCAGUCAAUAUUACUUCACCGGGUCCAGUUCCCAUUAAUCUGUGCAUCGGACGCAUGCGUUUGGAGCGUGAUCAAAGCGGCCUGCUGAAUAUUCAGCCCAUAGAUACUAAUCUGAGUGCCGGGCAACAUCAGGCGCUGAGCAGCGCCUUGUUUGGGGCGCCUCGUGAACGCGAUCGGGAAUUGCUCUCCAUGCAGCUGGUUAUGCAGCAGAUGAAACUUGACAAUGAUCAGCUGCGUAGGCAGCUAGUGGACUCCAAAGUCAACACAGAAAGCUAUAGACAAAAGACCAAGCAGGAAAAUGAUGUGCUGCGUUCAUAUUUGAAGGCCGCCCAAGAUGACAUAAGCAUACUGCUAGAAGAGAAGAAAGCGUUGUUGGACACCAUACGAUCCUUGCAGCUACAGCUGACCUCAUCGAAUAUGAGCCGAAAGAAUGAUGGGAACAGGUAGCACAACUGCAUGGACUGCAUGCAAUGCUGCGGUGAAAACAACAAUGCCUAACGCUAGCGUAUGCCGACAGUCAGAGAAACCCCAUGACGUCCUCAACAUCAUCGCCAUUCGAUUUUGAGUUUUGCAGAAGACUGAGCCGUACCGAACACGGACAAUUUUCACGUUGCCGUUCGUCAUACUUACUUAUUAAAAAAACUAUACGUAUACUUUUACAUACAUACAUAUAUCAAUAUUUUAUCGUUUUGAAGCUGCAGUCAGCUUUUGCUAUGUUCCAAAGAAU